AUGCUCUCCUCCUGCUCCUGGCCUGACCUCAACCCAAACAAGCCCUUGUGGGACUCCAACCCCCCCAAUGACCUCUCCGACGAAACCACGCCGACCAACAACGACACUAGCAAUAAUAAUGUCGCUUUCCCCUACGACGAACCAUCCACCUUGGCCUCCAAGUUCCGCAACCACCAGAUCAGCGCCUCCAACACCAAAAACGCCGCCGCAGCUCUCAUGCUCCAACACCAACUCCUCAUGUCCAGAGACUCUCCCCUCCUUCACAUCCCGCUUUCCUUACCUCAAAACGACGUCGUUGACGCCUCCUCUUUCAAAUCCCCCAAUCCCGGUGGUGAGACUUCAGUCCAGGCUCUCUACAACGGCUUCGCCGGAUCUCUGCAUGGCGCAGGUCAAGCCUCGAACCAGACUCAACAUUUUCAACAUCCUCAGGGAAGUUCGAAUCCGAUGCAGGGGCAAAAUUUUGGUGGCGCAGGGAACCAAGCUCCGGCGAGUGGCGCGCCGGCUCAGCCGAGGCAGAGGGUUCGUGCAAGGAGAGGUCAAGCCACGGACCCACACAGCAUCGCUGAAAGGUUGAGAAGGGAGAGAAUCGCAGAGAGAAUGAAGGCCCUACAGGAACUUGUUCCCAAUGCCAACAAGACAGACAAGGCAUCCAUGCUAGAUGAGAUCAUCGAUUACGUGAAGUUCCUGCAGCUCCAAGUCAAGGUUCUGAGCAUGAGCAGAUUGGGCGGUGCAGCAGCUGUCGCACCCCUUGUUGCUGAUAUGUCAUCUGAGGGAGGCGGUGACUGCAUCCAAGCGAACUGCAACAGUAACGGCGGCGGGGCCCUCGGGCCGAACUCCAGCAGCAACAACAACCAAACGCCAGCGUCAACCUCAAAUGACAGCCUCACCAUGACGGAGCACCAGGUGGCGAAACUGAUGGAGGAGGACAUGGGUUCCGCCAUGCAGUACCUUCAAGGCAAGGGCCUUUGCCUCAUGCCCAUUUCCCUGGCCACUGCCAUCUCCACUGCCACGUGUCACACCAGGAACCCCUUGAUCAAUGCCGCCUCCGCCACCACCCAGGUUCCGACCGGCGCCGCCCCCGGCACCCACGCCAACCCCGCCGUGGCGACCAAUGGCGAGGGCCCUUCGUCUCCGAGCAUGUCCGUGCUGACCGUGCAGUCGGCCGUGGUUGGAAACGACGGCGCCGUCAAGGACGCUGCCUCCGUUUCGAAGCCGUGA